AUGGAAGAUAUGUCCAUCUGCCGGGGUAAACCGCAGAAAUACAAACCAACCCUCAGAAAAACCCCCGGUUUCCGUAUUCCCCGGAUCUACAACGUCCCAGUACCGGACAUUUUCAAAAGAAGCUUCUUUGGCGACCGCUGGGAUGGUCUGGGUGGCGUUGAAACCGGAAAUAUCAUGAAUGAGUCUGCAGCCGCACGAACGCGCAAAGAUCCCGUUGAAUUUCGUGGCCAGGGAUACGAUCCCAUCCUGGCCAGGAGAGCCUACGGAAAACUCCCGAGAAAAUGCCGUUUCUUUGAGGCCUCUGUUGGUGUUACAGCGUUUUUUGGUGCCCCCCUGGGAUUUGGACUUUAA